AUGGAGGUCUGGCAGUGGAUGGAGGGACGUAACAGCCGUCCGUCAUCAGGGCUUAGAGUCUUUUUAAAAUUAGAAAUGAAAGCCAUAGGAAGUCUACGUUCGAGCAAUGCAACUGGUGGGGGCGUGGCGCUGGCAGCAUUUCUAGGACCUGAUGGUAUGAUUUCUACACUUGAAGGUUGUAUGGCGAGGAUGGUUGACGUUCGCAUUGGUGAAGACAACGCCAGAGUUCUUGCUUUGAUACCGGAGACGGAAUUACUCAGAACAGACCUUACCGAGUUCGACUGGUGCGAACGAUGGAAUCGUCUUCGUGUUUACCGUGCGCCGGAUGAGUCCCCUGAACAAGUGGUGGCAUCUGAUCGUGUAGAGCAAAUACUUGCAAAAACAUUGAAGGAGUAUCUAGAAGACGCCGAUCCGCCAGCAGCGGACAAUCCGUCAGUUGUGGACGAAGUUUUCUGGCAAGCGUUUGGUGGGACGGAUCCGGAAAUGACGGAGUUGACGGAAGGACUGGAACUGGAGAUCGGAGGAGAGAGAGAAUUAGAAGCUGAAGAACGAGAAAAUCUCUUAACAGUAGUGCCGACUGAUUGGGUACCGAUCAUCCUCAACUCAAGACCACCGUUGCAGUAUUUUGAUGCUGAAGCACUACGUGUCCCGGAAGCAACUGAAGGGUGCUGGCGACGCCAUCCGUUUCCCGCAGGGUUCGGUCUUGGUUUCGUAGCUUCCGUAGCUACUGUGGCGUUGUCAGGAUUGGUCGUUUACCUAACCAAUGCCCAGGACACCACCGGAGAGUCAUGGUUAAGGUUCUGGCAUCAUCUUGGAAUUGGCGGUUUCAGCGACCCUGCCACGACCUUUAGCUCUAUCAUGUUUGACACCGGUAACACUACUGCUAGUACAAGUAGCAAUAGUACAGCUAGCAGUAGUACAGCUAGCAGUAGUACAGCUAGCAGUAGUACAACUAGCAGUAGUACAACUAGCAGUAGUACAACUAGCAGCACUACAACCACCGCUGCCCCGUUGGACAACGCACUGGUGUCCGUGUUAGUGAAAUCGCGCUUGCUGAACGCGAACGUCAACGAUGUAACGACGCUGAUUUCUAAGUCGGAGUUGGCUGAGUUGACGGUGGGGAUGGAGGUUUGUGAGAAGGCAGCGGCGGUA